CAUCCCCUGGGCCUGGACGGUGGCCUGGCUGGGUCAGCUCCCGACUAGCGGCCCAGGGCAUGGCUGUGUGGGUCCGGGGAGGCCGCUUUGGCCUUCGCGGGUGCCUCGGCGCUAGCAAGCUGCUGUGUCCCCGUUUUCAGAGUCGCGGCCCUCAGGGCGUGGAAGACGGGGACAGGCUACAGCCUCCGUCGAAGAGCCCCAAGACCCCCAAGAUUUACACCAAGACAGGAGACAAAGGGUUUUCUAGCACCUUCACAGGAGAAAGGAGACCCAAAGAUGACCAGGUCUUUGAAGCCGUGGGAACUACAGAUGAAUUAAGUUCAGCCAUUGGGUUUGCUAUGGAAUUAAUUGAAGAAAAGGGCCACACGUUUGCCGAAGAGCUUCAGAAAAUCCAGUGCGUGCUGCAGGACGUCGGCUCCGCCCUGGCCACCCCACGCUCCUCGGCCAGGGAGGCUCACUUAAGACACACAGCCUUCGAGGCGGGGCCCACCCUGGAGCUGGAGCAGUGGAUCGACAAGUACUCCCGCCAGCUGCCCCCGCUCACAGCCUUCAUCCUGCCAUCGGGAGGCAAGAGUAGCUCUGCUCUGCAUUUCUGUCGGGCCGUCUGCCGCCGAGCUGAGAGACGAAUGGAAAGCCACCAACAGACUUUUCAAGGACUUGCGAAGUGCCCAAUCACACCCCUCCUCAGCCUGGCUGCCGCCCACCUGGAGAACAGAAAGACAGGUCCCCCAGGUACAAGCCACCUGUGGGCCAGGCGCUCUGCUCAUAAUCUCAUAGGUUCCUCAUUAGAGCCCUGAAAUACAUGGCAGCCCCUCUUUAUAGGAGUCAGGAAAUGGGCUUAGAGAGGUGACAUCAUGACUAGGGUCACCAAGUGGUCCCUGCAGAGUGCAGAGUGUAGUUCAGCCCAGGUCUCUCCAGCCAAACCCUGAGCUCUCCAUGACCCCACACGACAAAAGCUCUGUCCUUCAUGAAAGGCUCUUGGUCCAAGACAGGCAAAGGAAUCCUGGGUAACAGAAAGUUUUAGCUUCAAAAGCAAAAAAUAUGCUAGGCCCAGUGGCACAUACCUGUCAUCCCAGGGACUCGGGAGGCUGAGGCAGGAGAACGGUUAUCUCAACGCCAGCCUGGGCAACUUAGGAGGACCCUGUCUCCAAGUUAAUCAAUUAAUUAAAAGGGCUGGGGAUGUAGUUCAGCAUUAAAGUCCCCUUGAGUUCAGUCCCAAGCACAGAAGAAAUUAAUUAAAAAUAAAAGUUAAAUAAAUAAGGGGUUGGGGAUUUAACACCCCUGGGUUCAAUCCUCAUAAGUAUUGAACAAAAAUAAAAAAGCAAAACAUGUCAUUUGUUCAAAGUC